AUGGCGAAGAUUUUGUGGGUCUGCCUCGGCCUGGCCGCAGUAUGCACAUUGAUCUCUCAAUCUACGGCUAGGGAGUUGAGAAACAGAAGGGACCUCGAGGCGGCAGCCAGCCAUCAUGGUCACCACCAUGAAGACGGCGGUGGCCAUGAUCAUCACGGUCAUCAUCACGAGGAGCACGGAGAAAAGGGUGACAAGGGGUAUAAGCAUCAUCACCACCACGACAAAGGUGAUCACGGCCAUUAUGGUAAAGAUCACGACGAAGGACAUCAUGAGGAACAUGGUGGUCAUAAGAAAGGUCACCAUGACGAGCACGAAGAACACGGACAUCAUCACGAACACGAGGACGAGCACAAGGGCUCCAAAUUUGGGCAUAAGAAGGGUCACAAGAAGGGCGAGAAGACCCACGGUUAUCAUCAUAAAGCCCAUAAGGACGAGUACCAUAAGGAGCACAAAUUCUAUGAUGAUUAUCAUAAGGGUGGACAUCAUGAGAAGCAUGGACACCAUCAUGGACAUCAUGAGAGCAAGGACGGUCAUCACAAAAAGGGCGGCCAUCAUCAUUCCGGACACCACGAAGAUCACCAUGGAAAGAAGGGUCACUUCGAUAAGGGACACUACGACGAGGACCACAAGGGCCACCACGGCAAGCAUGGACACGACGAGCAUCAUUCGCAUCACGAAGAUUAUGGCAAAAAGGGCGAGCAUCAUGGAGGGAAGAAGCAUGGAUACUCCAGUGGAGGUGGCGGCGGCGGCGGCGGCGGUGGUGGACAUGGACACCUGCACUCUUCUAAUCAACCGUACAUACACAUUUGCGCCUUCGACAAAAAUAGGACUUCGGCCAACGAAAAAUUAAAGGAAACCGAUAUGUUUGCCGUACGUGGAGCUCUGCCGGUAUUGAUACUGCUGGUGUGUGUUUCGGUGUCCGCGUCGAGCAUUAAUCACGAGGAUCUGGCAACAGCGGCCAGCUCGAAAUCUCACAAACACGAAGAGGGCGGCGGAAGCGAGCGCCACGCUGCUCACGAGGGAAAAGGCGGCGGACACACCGACAAAGGCGAGAAGCAUCAACACGAGGAAAUGAAAUACGGCGGGGGUCAUCAUAAGUCGCACAAGGAUCAUGGACACGGUGGUGAGGAGGGCGGUGAGGAGAAGCAUCAUCACGAUGGCGGAGGUUACGAAGAAGAACAUCACAAAGGCGAAGGAGGCAAGAAGGGCGACAAGGGCCACGAGAAGGGACACUUUAAGAAAGGACACGACACCCACGGUCAUCACGAAGUGAAGAAAUUAGACGAAUACGAAGAGCACAAGGAGUUUCAUGACGACGACUAUGAUUCGGACUUCGAUGAACACGGCGGUGGCGAUCAUCAUGACCAUAAGGGAGGUAAAGGUGGCUCUUACAAGGGAGAUCAUCACGAUUAUGGUGAACACGAUGAUCAUUAUGGAAAGAAAGGUCAUUAUGAGAAAGGAGGACACGGUGAGGAUCACAAAGGGCACGAUGAUAAAGGGGACUAUGAUGGUCAUCAUCAUCACGAACAUCGUCAUGGUGAAAAGGAUUCGAAAGAAGGUGGCAGAAAGUGGCAUAAGAAGAGUCGUUAA